AUCUUACAAUGUGUCAAAAUAAAAAAAAAUGAAGAGCGUCAAAUCGUCAAUAAAUAUUCCACGUUAUAUCUAAAUAAUUUCUAAUUCAGCUUACAGAACAGUUAAAAAUGCUAAAUCCACCAGUGUAGUGUGUUAGUUUUACAUUGACUCUAUAAGUUUUAAUAGCGCGUGUGCCCAGUGAGAUAUAACCAAAAAUGACAAGGUCGCCGAAGGAUGAUCCGCGAUACAAUGACAUGCAGCACAACGCUUGGAAUUACCGUGCAGAAACAGCUGAAAGCUGUGCACCUGGAAUGUUAAAUGAAAGAAAACCAGUGCCGCUUUCAUCCAACACGCCUACAAUGAAUGAUAACAGUAUGUACGCUAACGGCGAUUUCACGAACGAUGUUUAUAUGAACAAGCAUCCUUACAACGUGCAGGCGGGUGAAACCGGGGCCAGCCAAGAUGAAAACAUGUUGCUUAACAACAUGCCCAAUGCAGCUCGCGCUAACAAUCAGAAUUAUGGAACCGCCAUGCUUAAAUUAGCCAAUGGGCAAGUAGUUAGGUUCUUUUAUGACGAAAAUACUCAACAACUAUACUUCCCCAUGUCCGGCCAGUACGAGUUAUUCAACCACAAUCAGGGCCUGCGUGAAAUGCCUCUGCAGGCUCCUCAGCAGCCCCCAAUGUUUACUCCAAACCAGGAGUACUCCAUCAACAAUAACAAUGUUCAGAUGCAAGCACCAACCACUACCGCCCACAAUAAUUACAUACAAGAAAACCUCAACAAUCAAACCUCUGCCAUGCCUACCUCCAACUUCUUGAAGGAGGUUUUAGGAAACUGGGAGCCUAAUUCCUCUGGUACUUAUUCUCCUUUUGGACAAAAUUACCCGCUGACCCAUCCUGAUGUGCCACCUAAUGUUCUUCCAAAAAAGCCAAUGGAAUCUCCAAUAAGUCAAAUAAAGCCUGAGAAUUCUCCAAAAAGAAAUGAAAACAGUCCUUUAGCAGACACAAGUAACAAAAAACGCAUUGUGGCCGAGGUGAAACCAAUGCGUCCAACAUAUUCUGAUGUGUUAGCUAAAAACAAGAAUAAUACCCAACCAGAUGCUACUAAGGUUAAACCCCAAAAUAAUAUAGAAAUUAAGACUUCCAGCAACAAGAACAGCUCCAAGCCUGAUAAACCGUCAAACCCGAAACAUACUGAUGAGAGUAAGCAAAAAGAGAAAAAACAGCAAGCAAACACUAUAUCUUCCGGCAGUGAGUCCGGAGAUAUAAAUAAUGAAGACAUUGAAAAGCGUCAAAAACCCAGUAAAAAAUCCAAGAAUAAGCGUAAUAAUAUAUCUCGUAAAUGGUCCUCUCUUGAUGAUAUCACUAAUGAAGAAGAUAUCAGCUACACUGAAGGCAGUGAAAGUCAAUUUGUUUUCAUUCAAAACCAAGAAAAACCGAAGAAAGACAGAAAAGUUAACGAUAGGGCUAAAAAUUCUGACAAGAAUGCCACAGCAGAGGGUGAUUUCCAAGCUGAUGAAGAAGAACAGUCUCAGUUUGUCUUUCAAGAUAACCAGACUGACAGUGCCAAGACUCGGAAGAAAAAAGAAGCUCGGAUUAACCACAAAAUGGCAAAGCCGGUACAGGAUAAAAAGAAAACCACCCAGACUAAGUUUAAGAGGAACAAGCCUGGGUAUUUAGGCCUGGCUCAGAACUACCUGGAGCAUUGGGGAGAGGCCACCUGGAAGGCGAUUGUAUGGUUCUUCUACCUGCUGUCAGAUAUAUGCAGAAUGAGUGCUCACUUGUUGUUUGAUCUUUGUACCUCGAUGUUCACGCAAACCUACGUGAGUUCCCAAGCGGUGUGGCGGAGCAGCAAAGAGUGGCUUUACAAGAUCGGUGGCAACAAGUACCUGGUAUACAUUGAUAGAAAAUUCGGACACACCAGAUUCGGCUUUUGGAGGAAAAUUAAAUGGUUUAAGAAAGACGUCGAGGUUGAUAGCGACUCGAGCAAGCUCAACUCGAAUAUACCACUGCCGGCGACGGGCGAGGAGGCAAUGAAACGGCUGUUGGCCUGCAAGGGGAAAGAUCCGUACAGCAUAUUGGGCGUGAGCGUAACAUGCACGGACGAGGAGAUCAAGCGGUACUACCGGCGGCAGGCGUUCCUCGUGCACCCGGACAAGAACCAGCAGCCGGGCGCCGAGGAGGCCUUCAAGAUACUCCAGCACGCGUUCGACCUUAUAGGAGAACCGGAACGGCGAGAAGCGUACGAAAGACGAGCGCUAGAAUCGCGCCACGUGGAAGCGGCGUGGAGCGAGCUCAGUCAGUUAUUAGCGCAGUUGCAGGACAAGAUGGAGUUUGCACACAACACUAUCAGAUGCACCAACUGCGGGCGGCGGCACAAGCGAGUGCUGACGGAGCGGCCGUGCUACGCGGCGCGCUACUGCGUGCAGUGCAAGAUACGCCACUCCGCUAAAGAGGGCGACAUCUGGGCGGAGUCGAGCAUGAUGGGUCUGCUCGUCAUGUACUACGCGUGUAUGGACGGCGCUGUCUACCAGAUCACGCAGUGGGCCAGUUGCCAGAAAAAGAACUUAAAGCAGUUAAGGCCCGACUGCCACGUGGUGCAGUACCGCAUCGUGCUGGGGAACAAGGCCGCCGCCGCCUCCGAUCUCAACCAAAGGCCUUCCACUGGUCAUGAUCCUAACCUGGAAGAGUUUCUAAACAAUCUAUACAGCAAGUCAGGAGUAUCUCCGAACACUAGCGCUAAGCAGCCCACGCCAGAAACUUCCGACGCCAAGAAGAAACGCAAUAAAAAACCCAAAGCUUAAACGAGGCUUUCUUAACUAAACCGUGCCCCAUAAAGAACCUUAAAAACAAUCCUCCCAACUGUCAAAACGACUGACGCGCUUUAUUUCAAAAGUAGAAAGAACAACUUUUUAAAACAGCGUUUUAUUUCGUGCCAGUCGCUUCGACAAAAUGAAAAAUAACUGUGAAACAAUGCCUUUCAUAAAAUAAAUAUUGAAUUUUUUAAACAAAAUAUAAAACUUGCUUAGUUUUGAAAUAAUGUGACACUUGAAGGAUAUAAUUAAUAAGCAUUAGAGAUUGUUGUGUAAUUAAAUGUCGCUAAAGUACCUACUUAGGAUAGACGCGUAAGGUCAGCCACACACGAUACUCAAUUCCUAGAGAUUCACCUGAUAUUAACGCGUAUCGUGUGUAGCUAGCCUUACUUAAAUUUAAUCACUAAACUCUUGAGUUAAUCUAAUAACUGUAUUUUUCAAAACCAUGUGUUAAUAUCUGAAAGGGAUUGCUGUUCUAUUCGAAAUAUUUUUAAUCAUGUAUCGUUUUACUAUUCGGUUAUCAAUCAAAAUAGUUAUUUACGAUACAUGUGCGAAAAAUAGGAAAUUCGCAACGAGUGGCGAAUUUUAAAACACGACCGAAGGGGGCGUUUUAAAUCGACACAAGUUGCGAAUUACCUAUUCGCAUGUGUGUCGUACAACGUUUUACACUACAUAUGGCCCUUUAAUUUUUCAACGUAGUUACGUAAUGUGCUUAUUAUAGCACAGGGUGUCGUAAUUGAGCACCAGAUGUACUGUAAACAUUAUAUGAAGGGAUCAGUGCUGAAAGUUUUUUCUUUUAUCUUAAACUUUAAAGUCAAAUGUUACUAUGUAGCACAGAGAUUUUGUGCGCUUGAUGUAUCAAAUCAGUUUUGUCCAGUGAUCUAAAUGUAAUCAGUCAGUUCAUUAAAUAAUAGUUAUGCUCUCAAUUAAAGUUACUGAAUAGUACAAUUUUUGCAUUCAUAAUUUUAAUGAUUAUUUUAACAAUUUAAUAUUCACGUAUGUGUUACAUAUUUUUUAUUAGACACGAAAUAUAACAAAGUUUUUGACAAUGUAAAUAGUCCCAUGUCAACAGUGGUAGGAAUAUUCCAAUUUUGACUGAUGUAAGUACAGAUAUAACACCGCGCUCCCCAUAUACAAUAGAACUGGUGGGUCUAGCGUUUAUUGCCGAGGUUAAACCAUCAUCUUGAACUAAUUGGCCUUUUUAUUAUAGUUAUAGUGCAUUCACACCGGGAGAACAAUUGUUGACCAAUGAGAAAGCAGCUAUGUUUUAGACAUUGAUAUCUAGGGACUGGCUUUACGGGCAAUAAUAAUGAGGCAUGACAGGGGCCAGUACAGCGGUGUGAAACCGCUACAACGCGAUUGGUUGAUGGGUUCGCAUCUCGAGCGCGAUUGGUUGACGAGAUCGCAUCACACGCGCUAUUGGUCGCAACUAGUUGCGUUAGACUGCACGAUUGGCUGGAAUUUGUGAGUAACACCGUAGAACUAGUACCAUUUUAGUGCCCCGUUAGCUUGUCCUUAGAUAUUAUACGACAAUGGUUUUAGACCGAGAGACCAAAUUCUAAAGCUCGUUUUAACAAAUAACUUCCUAACGCUCAAAGACCCAAAGGUGCCAGUCUAUCUUAUUACAUUUUACCCAGAAAAUUUUACUAAACAGAACGCGACACGAAUAACAGCCGGUUGCACAAAACCGUCUGUUUAAAACGUUCGCUAAAUUUUAUGGCAAGUUCACUGCCGAGUGAAAUUUAUCAUUCUGCUAAAUGUGGUUGAUGCAACUGGCCCUAAUUCAAAUUGCAAUAUCUAAUUGUGUUCAGCGAUGAAAGUUAGGUUAGAUACAGCAUCUAGACUGCUAUAAUAUUGGUUUGAGACCGUUAGCCCGGUAUGUAGGCACGUUAUAUUGAGAUUUCUUUAGACCGGCGAAACACCGCUAGUUUGCAAUCUGCGCGAUGAGAUUAGACGGUGAAACUCAUGGGGAUCGGUUAUUCUAGUCUCAGGAGUUCUGUGCAAUGGAAUUUGACUCAUAUUAUGAACGAACUAAGGUUCAAGUUUGACACCGAAUAUUCAAACUGCUGAGACUAGGAGGCUAAAAAAACGUCAAUGUUUACACUGCCUUCAGAGAUUACUACUGUUACGUUAGGCUAGUUCGCUGUCCUAGGUUCACUGUGCGUAGACUUCGCGCUUCAUGUGUCAAUAAAGAUGUGAAAACUA